AAUUUUUAACAUUUAUCGUUUGGUAGCACUGACAAUUUCCGUCCUCCAUCUUUUUGCAUUGAGGUUUUCAAGAUGCCGCCCAAGAAGGACUCAAAAUCCUCGGCUAAACAGCCCCAAAAAACACAAAAGAAGAAGGAAGGUAGUGGUGGCGGCAAAGCCAAGAAGAAGAAGUGGUCCAAAGGAAAAGUUAGGGACAAGUUGAACAACCAAGUGCUUUUCGACAAAGCCACCUACGAAAAAUUGUACAAAGAAGUCCCUCAGUACAAACUGAUCACUCCUUCAGUUGUUUCCGAACGUUUGAAGAUCCGUGGCUCUUUGGCCAAGCGUGCUUUGAUUGAAUUGCGCGAAAAGGGUUUGAUUAAACAAGUCGUUCAACAUGCCUCACAAGUAAUCUACACACGUGCCACUAAGGGUGAUGAUGCGUAAAUUUCCUUUUUUUACCUUUAACAUGGACAUGUUAAUUACAAGACUUUUUUGUAUUAAAGUGAUUUAAGGGUAAACAA